AUGCCUUCUCAACCUUACGAUCUGGUAAAGGAUGAUCAAGACAUCCGGGUUCCGCUGUACCCAGAGCAGGCGUUCUACGGCAAUGGGCUGACAUUUCAGGCAAAGCUGAUCGGAUGGCAGGUCGUACCGAGGCCCAGCAAUCGAACGGAAAUUGUUCAAGCCAUGCGAAGGAUACGGUACGAGUGUAAGGUUCAAAACAGCAAGAAAAAGAAGGUCACCGUCAGCAUUUCGGUUGAAGGUGUUCGCGUGUGCCUGAAGCGGAAAAGACGAAAGAAAAAGCAGCACCAAUGGAAUGACCCACUGGAGAUAGAACUGCUCAGCCAUCCCAUCUACCGGAUAUUCUACGUCUCGCACGACAGCAACGAUUUGAAAAUCUUCAGCUACAUUGCGCGCGACGGUAGCAGUGAUGUCUUCAAGUGUUGCGUUUUCAAGACCAACAAAAAGACUGCUGCCCGCGCCCGUUCGACCGCGCUCGAGAAGCAGCAAGUCAAGUUUUCAACGGGGUACGCGGCAUAG